GCAAUAUAUUUCAAUGUUUAGUUCCAGUUAUUUCAGUUGAGAAAAGCUAUUGCAAUGCUUUUAACAUGCUUAUCACAUAUAAAAACAAAAUGAAAUAAACUGAAAGUUAUGAACUGCUUUAAAGUAAUGAAUUUGCGAACGUCGUAUACGACUGCCAAUAGAGGUGCGAAAUGUUCUGUUUUGUUAUGAAUUUAUUCUAAUACGUUCAUCAAUGCCCUGUAAAAGUGUAAAUUGAGAAAACAUGAAUGUAUAGGAUUUGCUAUGAAGCCUGUUCGGGCUCAAUUUUUCAACAUUUAAUCUUGGACGCCAUUCUGAGAUGUCACGUCAGCGCAUGACCUCAGCAACCGGUCAGUUCCAGAACGUUGAAACUUCGAGUCCGACCUACAAGCGACCAGCACCUCAGAACGAGAAUCGCAUCACCCCUCCUUCGACGACGCCCUUAAACCGUCGUCAGAAUGUAAGCCUUCAAAAGCCGCCUUUUAAUCGAAACUCUCAACGCAAGCAAUCUCCUUUCCGAACGUCAUCUGGCGUCACUCCUAACCGAGGACAGGAUGGCAAGUUGGAACGGUCUGUUUCCAACGCUGGUGAAACUCCCAAACAGACGAGACAAACACGAUCACCUGAGAGAUCAGGUAAAAUUUCUUCGCAUCACACCACGUGUUUUUCUCACAGUGGGAAACAUGCCAGAGCCUCGUCAACAGCGGGCCUCGGUGUUUCUUCUUCGAACAGAAGCAAAAGUUCUCGCCGAACCAUCGUGAGAGUAUCGUCUGCAGAUCUUUCUGAUGGUAGCGUGGAAUCUCUUAACACCCUGACGAAAAAGGGGAGGAAUACGUGGACCAUGAGUUCGAAAGUACCGUGUAGUGUUCGUGUGACUCAAAACUCACCUUCCAGGUCAGUGUCUGAACCCCACGAUGUGUCCAGUGUCGGAUCUCGAGAUUCGACGCCUCCCACGUCGCCGCCGGCCAGCGUGUCCACUGAUGUUGUGUUGGAAAAGAGUCCAUCUCCAUGCCGCGAGGAAAAGACUUUCAAGAAAGUGUCACCGCGGUACAACAUUCGACUGAUGUUAACUAAUCCUCGCGACGCGUCCAAAUCGACUUUGAGUCCACCUUAUCUCGUGCAAGGUGAAAUCUGUGAUAAAGAAUUAGAUGCCGUAACAACUCUAGAGUCCGUUCCUAUCGAAUCUGAUAAAGAUAAAUCUGUGAUUCAGUCGGUGACUGGCGAGAGUAUGAGGUCUCCGUCGGCCAAGACUGCUGUCAGUGGACUGAAUGGUGAGGAGGAUGCUCACGUAGAGGAUGAGUUAUCGGACGUUGCCAUAAGAAGUGUGCCGAUUGAAAGUGUGAAAAUUAGUGAAUUGCGGGAAAAAGACGAAGCCGAAAAGGCACAGGCCAUAUCUCCCGAUGGCCGUUUUCUUAAGUUUGAGGAGGAAGUCGGUAGGGGUUCCUUUAAGACUGUCUAUAAAGGAUUGGAUACUCUGACAGGUGUCGCUGUGGCGUGGUGCGAAUUACAGGAACGCCUGAAUAAAAAUGAAAGACAAAGGUUUCGAGAAGAGGCAGAAAUGCUGAAGGGUCUACAGCAUCCAAAUAUUGUUCGCUUUUAUGAUUAUUGGGAAAUGGAUCUGCCACCUAAAGGAAAAUAUCUAGUAUUGAUUACCGAACUUAUGACUUCUGGGACUCUGAAAACUUACCUGAAACGUUUCAAGAAGAUAAAUAUCAAAGUAGUGAGAUCUUGGUGUAGGCAGAUUCUGAAAGGAUUAAACUUUCUACAUUCUCGUCAACCUCCCAUCAUCCACCGUGAUUUAAAGUGUGAUAAUAUAUUCAUUACUGGUACCACAGGAGCUGUGAAAAUUGGAGAUUUAGGAUUGGCCACUCUAAAGAAUCGCUCUUUUGCUAAAAGUGUCAUUGGUACUCCUGAAUAUAUGGCCCCAGAAAUGUAUGAGGAGAAAUAUACUGAAUCCGUAGACGUCUAUGCUUUUGGUAUGUGCAUUUUAGAAAUGGCCACAUCAGAAUAUCCAUAUUCAGAAUGUACAGGACCUGCUCAAAUCUACAAAAAAGUCACCAGUGGUAUUUUGCCUCAAAAUUUUAAGAAAGUGGAAAACCCAGAGCUUAAAGAAAUUAUUGGAGUAUGUAUAUCUGCCAAAGAUGAUAGGCCUACAGUAAAAGAUUUGCUGACGUAUGAAUUUUUCCAAGAGGAUUUAGGCUUAAAAGUUGAAUUUGUCAACAAAGAGGAGAGUAUUCAGAGUACAUCAACUAAAGUUGAAUUAUGGUUGCGCCUCUUGGAUCCAAAAAAGAGGAAAGAAAAACAUAAAGAAAAUGAAGCCAUUCAGUUUGAAUUCGACAUUGAAAGUGAUAAUUGUGAUGAAGUUGCUCAAGCUAUGGCAAAGAAUAAUAUAAUUUUAGAUGAGGAUAUUAGAACUGUGGCUAUGCUUGUACGCAAUCAAAUUUCAUAUUUAACUAGAGAACGUUUACGCUAUCAGAACAAAAUGGCGAUGCAAGAACAAGUUAUUCCUAGUCGCCCUUCUCAAACUUCAACGCAGAUGCAAAAUAUGACCAUGAAUAAUCAAACUAUGCAGCAAGUUCAAAUUUCUAUGCCUCAACAAUACCAAACUAAUGCUAAUCAGCAGCAGUCUGAAACUCAAAUGAUUCAUGAAAUGUACCCUCAACAAAUUUACCAAACUCAAAUGCAGCAAAUGCAAAUGCAUAUUGCAGCUUCUCAACAAUCUCAGUACUCUACACAAGUUGCUGAAACUCCAGAUUAUCAAUCUCAAACCAUUCAUAUACAAAUACCACAACACCAAGAUGCCUCUACUCAAUCUUGUCAGGUGCAGCAAUCUCAAGCUUCACAAGUUUUACAGCACGGACAGACACAAGCUCCUCAAGUUAUGCAGCAUGGACAAACGCAAGCACCCACAGCUAUGCAGCAUGGUCAAACGCAAGUACCACAAGCCAUGCAGCAUGGGCAAACUCAGGCCCCUCAAGCUAUUCAGCAUGGACAAACUCAGGCGCCACAAGGUAUGCCACAUGGGCAAACUCAAGCUCCUCAAGUUUUACAACAUGGGCAAAAUCAACCGCCUCAAAUUAUUCAGCAUGGGCAAACUCAAGCUCCCCAAGUUAUUCAGCAUGGGCAAGCUCAAGCACCUCAAGUUGUACAGCAUGGGCAAAAUCAAGCAUCUCAAAUUUUACAACAUGGGCAAACUCAAGCAAAUGUAAUGCAAUCUGAAUCUCAGCCUCUUGGUCAACCUCAAGCAUUUUCUCAUGUCCAGGUAACUAAUGUUUCUGUACCAGCGUCAGCAGCCCAAUUUCAGAAUCAAGUACUUCAUACUCAGUAUCAAAUCACAAACCAGCCCAUAACUUCUCAGUAUCAAGGUACCAAUCAACAGUAUCAACAAUUUCAGCAAGUUUCUGCCCAAAAUCAAAUGACUACUCCUCGUUAUUCAAAUCAAAUGCAAAUUGCAGGAACCCAAGUUUUAUCCAGUGACAAUACUAUACCUCCAGAACUCUUACAAGCUCAACUGGCGCAUAUAAUGCAGCCUGUGAGUGGAUCUGCCAUAUCGAGUCAGUAUCAAAUGAAGGGGCAAAAUUUACCACUACAAAAUUUAGCGUCAGUACCUUCCUCUAGCCAGUCUUCUCCAGUUAUUGCUUCUCAACAGUUUUCAGCUCAGCAAGUAACUGCUCAGGUUCCAGUGUCCAGAGCCCAGAGUCCUCAAAAGGUUGUCCAUCCGUCAUACGCUACCAGUAAUGCUUCUAUUAUUUAUUCGCAAGGACAGCCACCAAGUCCCCAGAAAGUUUAUUCUCCUCAGCAAAAUAUUGUCCCUCAUCCCACUUCUUGUGAUCCAAGCCAAAAUACUAACUGGGUAGUGAAUCAACACAUGCCAAAUCAGCAUGAAAACUUUCCGCCUCAAUAUCAAGAAAGUGUCUCUCAAAUGUCUAGCUCGCAAGACUUGCAAAAUUCUGCUUACAGUUCUGAAGGUGGUGCCCAAGAAACUUCAGAGCAAUCUUUGAGCGCCCUGCAAGAUGCUAUGUCUCGUCAACCUUCCUUGGAAUCUGAAGGUUUGAACCCUGAAACUCUAGGGGAACAUCACACGCAAGGUCUAUUACCUGAGGUGGAAAAAGUACACUUAAUGGAAAAUCAAUUGAACUUUGGUUCUCAGACGUGUACGGAUCAGAUGCAGCCAAACAAUAAUUUUUUACCAGUUCAACAAAUGCCACCCAUUAAUAUGGAGUCUGCUGUGCUUCCUCCAGAUGGUGAAAUGUCAUCACAGAGUCAAGAUUCCAGUCAGUCUGUUGGAAGAGGAAAACCUUUAGAAAAUUCAGAUAGUCAUUCACAGACUCCUGUGUUAGAACAGACAUCAUUUCCUAGUGUGCAUGAUGAGUCUAAAAAUAUCAGAGAGCCAGCUCUUGAAGGUGGUUCAGAAGAACAACUUCCUGAGGGCAGUCUUAAGCCUCAGAAAUCUGAUAAGAAGAAGGUUAAAAGGCGACGGACACAAGAUCGCACUCCCAAAUUGACUGUCAUCAGCGUGGAGGACACUAUGGUUGAAUGUCAACUUGAAUCCACAAAAGGGAAAACUGUCACCUUUAAAUUUGAUUAUACAGACACAAGUCCAGAAGAAAUAGCAAACAAAUUGGUCAUAACAAACUUGUUAGCUGAAAAUCAUGCCGAGAUAUUCACAGAGUUCAUACAGUUAGUCAUUUUACAACUGAAAGAAAAUCCAAAUACGAUACCUGUAAUACAAUGCUUGGAAUCAACACCUGGUAAUUCCAGCCCUCCUACUUUAAGAAGACAGGCUUUUAAAGACUAUUUAGAAUUUGAAAGAAAUUUGAGUUUGGACAGUCAGGACAGCAGCUUGCCUUCAACUCCUCAGGAUCAGGAGAAAGAGUGGUCUCCCAAAAAACAAGGAUCUCCCUCGAAGAUGGUGAAUCCCAUUGCUAAAAUAUCAACAAAUGAUGCUAGUGCUGUGCAGGCAUCCCUUCCUCCCAAAGAAAAACAGGGAACACACCCUAUGCCUGAUCCUAAGGAAAGUGAUGCUUCAAAAUCUGAUCCUUCUAUCCUUUCUAAACAGCCUGCUAACAAACAAUCUCUUAAUUCUAGUGAAGUUGGAACCCCUGAAACUAUACCAGGUGCUCCUGAUUUGAUGUCCUCAUCUCAGGGCAAAGAUUUCCCACAAUUUGAUGGUCAAAACAUGUCUCACAUAACCCAUAAUAUUUUGGAUCAAACUAAAAGAGUUCUCGAUAGUAGCAACAGUAGCAGUGGUGGAAGCACCCAGCAUUCUCAACAGCAACGACCUGUAGUGCCAGAUUUAAGUAGUUUACAGUUAAAAUUAGCUCAGCUGACAUCUACUGGUAGUAAUAUUCCUGCUGAUAUGUCUACAAGUAAUAUUCCACCCUCUCAGCCAACUUCUGUAAUGUCUAAUUCAACUUCGUCUCUUAAUUUGGAAACAACUAACAGUGAAGUGUAUCCUGUAAGUACACCAGCAGUUCAAGUACCGGCUGUCAUUCCAGUAGUGUCUACUCAGUCUUCUUCUUCUAAGAUGGGUUUACCCAUUGAUAACAUAUCUACUCGACGCCACACCGUUGCGACCAACAUUGAAGGUCUCAAACUGGAAUUGCAAAAAAUUCAUUCCCCUUCAGUACCAUGUGUUGGUUUGAAGAGCAACAUUGAACAGGGUCUUCAAGCUAUUUUCUCCAUCAGCAGUAAUGCUCAAACUGUUACUACUCCCGCUCAUUCCAAUACCAGUAAUCAUACGCACCAAUUGCCACCUGUGACGCCUACUGUUAUGUCUCCCUCCGCUGAAGUGAGCGAAAGUUUAGUAAAACCUCCCAUGGAGUUGACUAAAGACCCAACAGAUACUCUCAGCAAUAAUACUCUUACUCCAGAAAUUUCAGGCAUCACAAAUAUUUCACGUUUCAAAGUCACUCCUGUAAUUGAAAGUAAACCUGACGAUAUUGCUUCUAUUUCAAGUCCAAGCGUUUCCUCUCCGACCGCUACAAACCCUGUAGAGCUUAAUGUGAAAAAGAAGGGUCGUUUUCAAAUCACACGCGUCGCUGAUGAAACAUCUAACACUGUUCAGAUUCUACCAAAUGAAGAAGCUCCUUUUUAUGAUUCUAGUUUACCUAAGGCAAUAGUUACAGAAGAUGUGAUGUGUUGUCUUCCUGGUCUUACAACGAUUUCUGAUAGCUCUGCUAAGCCUUUAAUCAGUUUAACUUUGGUCUCAACCGCUCCCCAGUUAGUUAUGUCAGAUUCCCUUCUUAGCGUCUUCACCCCAGUCUCUAGAAGUGAACAAUUAGUCAAUGGAAGCUCUGUGCCAGUAUGUAAAGUUCCUCCUAAUGUGUUUCACAGCCAGUCUUGUAUAACAGAGAAUGGGGCUGCUAUCAUGAGUGAUCGAAAUUUGCACACCGAAGAAGUGACUGUCAUGCCACAUCAUGAGCAAAUAGUGGUCAAUGAUAGCAAUUCUGUUCCUACUUCUAAAGUGUUACCAUCUAGUCUUGCAUGUAGUAAUGUUUCCGCAAAUGAGACUGCACUCACGCCAGGCUCUCUCUCUGCUGCUGAAAUUCAUCCAUCUUCUGUUAUCACGCCCCAUCAAGUGACUUCAUCUUCUGCUGAAUCUAGAAUCUCCUCUUCUUUUGUUGCUCCCCAGCAGCCAAUCUUAAAAGAUGCAAAUGCCAAUCCUUUACGAUGUACUUUCAAUGCAGGCAAUCAUCAGGAACCUUCAAUUGAAGACAACCAAAAUAUUGAAUUUCUAGAAUGUAAUGACGAAUAUCUGAAAGUAAUUCUGGAAAGGCAAGAACAAGAGCGUCAGGAAUUAUACAGGCGUCACCAGCAAGAGCUUCAGUCCUAUAAAAUGCAUCAUUUACGGACACACAAAUGUUGUUACCAUAUCAAAAACUCUCAAAAUCCAGUUGUAUAUAGUCAAGACAGAAAUGUUCACCAUUCCAGGGAUGGGAGCCCAUCCGUUAGCUCUGCACUCAAUCAAAACAUGAACCAAACUAUUGAACCACAAGCCUCUAAUCUCAUUAGUAAUAAGCAAAAUAAUUUCAAUUCUUUCAAUGAUGCAAUCUCUGAUAACAACAGUUUGCAGAAUGACCUUAGAUAUCAGUCGGACUCAUUAAAAGCUAUUCCCGCCAGCAGUUCGAAGCCUGGUGUUUCUCAAGAGAGCCCCAAUAGGAACAUUAUGAAUUCAACAAUUAUUAAAAUAGAUCAAUCUUCUCUUCCAAUGGCUUCUUCCAAUAAUGAUGUGAAAUUUUAUCAAGCCCCCUCCCUUAUAUCAGUAUCAACAAUAAAUCCUCAGCCUGUGAACCAUGAACAUGCACAGGUACUUAAUGUAGCAUUACCCUGUUCAGAAAGUUCAGAUAAUAUUGUCCGUACAUCCCUUCCAUGACCAGCGGUUAAAGAGCCUUGAAUUAGCUCUGUGUUCCAAUUGUUGAUAUAAAAAUGUGAUAGCUAAUUGUAUUUUUCUUUAUAUAUAUAUAUAUAUAUAUGGCCAAACUAUAAAUUGUUAAUUCAGCUUUGUUAUUCUUGAGUGAGAAGAAUUUUGCAUAACUAUCUUAUCUUGUGAAAUAGAGCAUUAUUACAUUGGCACAAUUUUCUUCUUUAUCCGCCUUAUAAACUAAUGCAGUUUUUAUACUCAUCCGUAAUUAUCUUGUUAAAAUUUACUUAUCGGUUAUAUCGUAUCAAAAAUAAAAUUUAAAUAAGAUAUAUCUACAUUUUUGUUGUAUUUUAUUCGUUACAAGAACACUUUAAGUGUUCUUUUUUUUUGUUCUGUGAAGUAAGUUUUGUUAGCAGAUUAAAAGAGAUAUAACUUAGCAUUUGUAUUUAUUAGAAUCUGACAACAACAAAAAAAAAAUCAUUAGAUUAGUCAUAAGAAAAAUGUUCACUAAAUAUGUAAACUUCAAAAAAAAAAAAAAUUCAAAUUAACUGCCAAUACAAAAAAGUACAUUUUACAGCUACAUUCUGAAAAAAAAAAAAAAAAAAAAAAAAAUUCAUCUGGCAACAAAGAAAAACCCCAUCAAAAUAGUCAAUUUGUUUACAAAUGUCUGUUAAAUAUGUAAACUUCAAAAAAGACAUUUUAUAAUAACUGAACCAUAGCCAAGAAAACUAAUAAAAAUUAAAUGUUAGCAAUAAAAUAACCGAUAAGUAUCCUUAAUGCAAAAUCUGCCCUAGUACUCAAUCAACAUUCAAAGUAGAUUGAUAAUCUUCUUAGAGCUAUUUGAACAGAUUUUAGUUGAGCAACUUAUUCUA